GCCGAGGAGGGAGGAGCCGCCGCCGCCGAGCGCUGGGCUGAGGAGCAGAGAGAGCGGGGCGCGGAGUGCGGGCGGCUGGGAGCGCGCUGAGCGGGGGAGAGGCGCUGCCGCACGGCCGGCCACAGGACCACCUCCCCGGAGAAUAGGGCCUCUUUAUGGCAUGUGGCUGGUAACUUUCCUCCUGCUCCUGGACUCUUUACACAAAGCCCGCCCUGAAGAUGUCGGCACCAGCCUCUACUUUGUGAAUGACUCGCUGCAGCAGGUCACCUUCUCCAGCUCCGUGGGGGUGGUGGUGCCCUGCCCAGCCGCGGGCUCCCCCAGCGCGGCCCUUCGAUGGUACCUGGCCACGGGGGACGACAUCUACGACGUGCCGCACAUCCGGCACGUCCACGCCAACGGGACGCUGCAGCUCUAUCCCUUCUCCCCCUCCGCCUUCAAUAGCUUUAUCCACGACAAUGACUACUUCUGCACCGCGGAGAAUGCCGCCGGCAAGAUCCGGAGCCCCAACAUCCGCGUCAAAGCAGUCUUCAGGGAACCCUACACCGUGCGGGUGGAGGAUCAAAGGUCAAUGCGUGGAAACGUGGCCGUCUUCAAGUGCCUCAUCCCCUCUUCAGUGCAGGAAUAUGUUAGCGUUGUGUCUUGGGAGAAAGACACCGUCGCCAUCAUCCCAGAAAACAGGUUUUUUAUUACUUCCCACGGCGGGCUGUACAUCUCGGACCUGCAGAAGGAGGACGCGCUGUCCACCUACCGCUGCAUCACCAAGCACAAGUACAGCGGGGAGACCCGACAGAGCAACGGGGCCCGCCUCUCUGUGACAGACCCUGCCGAGUCCAUCCCCACCAUCCUGGACGGCUUCCACUCCCAAGAAGUGUGGGCCGGCCACACCGUGGAGCUGCCCUGUGCUGCCUCGGGCUACCCCAUCCCUGCCAUCCGCUGGCUCAAGGACGGCCGGCCACUCCCAGCCGACAGCCGCUGGACCAAGCGCAUCACCGGGCUGACCAUCAAUGACCUGCGGACCGAGGACAGUGGCACUUACAUCUGUGAGGUCACCAAUACCUUUGGUUCGGCAGAGGCUACAGGCGUCCUUACAGUCAUCGAGCCGCUUCACGUGACCCUGACACCAAAGAAGCUGAAGACCGGCAUCGGCAGCACGGUCAUCCUGUCCUGCUCGCUCAGCGGCUCGCCGGAGUUCGCCAUCCGCUGGUACCGCAACACGGAGCUGGUGCUGCCGGACGAGGCCAUCUCCAUCCGCGGGCUCGGCAACGAGACCCUGCUCAUCGCCUCGGCCCAGAAGAGCCACUCUGGGGCCUACCAGUGCUUCGCCACCCGCAAGGCCCAGACCGCCCAGGACUUCGCCAUCAUCGUGCUGGAGGACGGCACGCCCCGCAUCAUCUCGUCCUUCAGUGAGAAGGUGGUCAACCCCGGGGAGCAGUUCUCGCUGAUGUGUGCGGCCAAGGGCGCCCCGCCCCCCACCGUCACCUGGGCCCUGGACGACGAGCCCAUUGUGCGGGACGGAAGCCACCGCACCAACCAGUACACCAUGUCGGACGGCACCACCAUCAGCCACAUGAACGUCACGGGCCCCCAGAUCCGCGACGGGGGCGUGUACCGGUGCGCAGCGCGGAACUCGGUGGGCAGUGCUGAAUAUCAGGCGCGAAUAAACGUAAGAGGCCCCCCCAGCAUCCGGGCGAUGCGAAAUAUCACAGCAGUGGCCGGCCGGGACACGCUCAUCAACUGCAGGGUCAUCGGCUACCCCUACUACUCCAUCAAGUGGUACAAGGACGCGCUGCUGCUGCCCGACAACCACCGGCAGGUGGUGUUUGAGAACGGGACCCUCAAGCUGACCGACGUGCAGAAGGGCAUGGACGAGGGCGAGUACCUUUGCAGCGUGCUCAUCCAGCCCCAGCUCUCCAUCAGCCAGAGUGUCCACGUGGCCGUCAAAGUGCCCCCUCUGAUCCAGCCCUUCGAGUUCCCGCCUGCCUCCAUCGGCCAGCUGCUCUACAUCCCCUGUGUGGUGUCCUCGGGGGACAUGCCCAUCCGCAUCACCUGGAGGAAGGACGGACAGGUGAUCAUCUCAGGCUCGGGCGUGACCAUCGAGAGCAAGGAGUUCAUGAGCUCCCUGCAGAUCUCCAGUGUCUCCCUCAAGCACAACGGCAACUACACGUGCAUCGCCAGCAACGCCGCGGCCACUGUGAGCAGGGAACGCCAGCUCAUUGUGCGCGUGCCCCCUCGAUUCGUGGUGCAGCCCAACAAUCAGGACGGCAUCUAUGGCAAAGCUGGUGUGCUCAACUGCUCGGUGGAUGGCUACCCGCCGCCCAAGGUCAUGUGGAAGCACGCCAAGGGGAGUGGGAACCCCCAGCAGUACCACCCGGUGCCGCUCACCGGCCGCAUCCAGAUCCUGCCCAACAGCUCGCUGCUGAUCCGCCACGUCCUAGAAGAGGACAUCGGCUACUACCUCUGCCAGGCCAGCAACGGCGUGGGCACCGACAUCAGCAAGUCCAUGUUCCUCACCGUCAAGAUCCCGGCCAUGAUCACCUCCCACCCCAACACCACCAUUGCCAUCAAGGGCCAGGCGAAGGAGCUGAACUGCACGGCGCGGGGUGAGCGGCCCAUCAUCAUCCGCUGGGAGAAGGGGGACACGGUCAUUGACCCUGACCGCGUCCUGCGCUACACCAUCGCCACCAGGGACAACGGCGACGAGGUGGUGUCCACGCUGAAGCUCAAGCCAGCUGACCGUGGGGACUCUGUGUUCUUCAGCUGCCACGCCAUCAACUCGUACGGGGAGGACCGGGGCUUGAUCCAGCUCACUGUGCAAGAGCCCCCUGACCCCCCUGAACUGGAGAUCCGGGAGGUGAAGGCCCGGAGCAUGAACCUGCGCUGGACCCAGCGGUUCGACGGGAACAGCAUCAUCACGGGCUUCGACAUUGAGUACAAGAACAAAUCAGAUUCCUGGGACUUCAAGCAGUCCACCCGCAACAUCUCCCCCACCAUCAACCAGGCCAACAUCGUGGACUUGCACCCGGCAUCCGUGUACAGCAUCCGCAUGUACUCCUUCAACAAGAUCGGCCGCAGUGAGCCGAGCAAGGAGCUCACCAUCAGCACUGAGGAGGCCGCUCCUGAUGGGCCUCCCAUGGAUGUCACCCUGCAGCCAGUGACCUCACAGAGCAUCCAAGUGACCUGGAAGGCACCCAAGAAGGAGCUGCAGAAUGGCGUCAUCCGGGGCUACCAGAUCGGCUACAGGGAGAACAGCCCUGGCAGCAAUGGGCAGUACAGCAUCGUGGAGAUGAAGGCCACUGGGGACAGCGAGGUCUACACCCUGGACAACCUCAAGAAGUUCGCCCAGUAUGGGGUGGUGGUCCAGGCCUUCAACAGGGCUGGCACGGGGCCCUCCUCCAGCGAGAUCAAUGCCACCACCCUGGAGGACGUGCCCAGCCAGCCCCCCGAGAACGUCCGGGCCCUGUCCAUCACCUCCGACGUGGCAGUCAUCUCCUGGUCGGAGCCCCCACGCAGCACACUCAAUGGGGUCCUCAAAGGCUAUCGGGUCAUCUUCUGGUCGCUCUACGUGGACGGGGAGUGGGGCGAGAUGCAGAACAUCACCACGACGCGGGAGCGCGUGGAGCUGCGGGGCAUGGAGAAGUUCACCAACUACAGCGUGCAGGUGCUGGCCUACACGCAGGCCGGGGACGGCGUGCGCAGCAGUGUGCUCUACAUCCAGACCAAGGAGGACGUUCCAGGUCCCCCUGCUGGCAUCAAGGCUGUCCCUUCAUCAGCCAGCAGUGUGGUCGUGUCCUGGCUGCCCCCCACCAAGCCCAAUGGGGUGAUCCGCAAGUACACCAUCUUCUGCUCCAGCCCCGGGUCUGGCCAGCCGGCUCCCAGCGAGUACGAGACGAGUCCCGAGCAGCUCUUCUACCGGAUCGCCCACCUCAACCGAGGGCAGCAGUACCUGCUGUGGGUGGCCGCCGUCACCUCCGCCGGCCGGGGCAACAGCAGCGAGAAGGUCACCAUCGAGCCCGCCAGCAAGGCCCCAGCAAAGAUCAUCUCUUUCGGGGGCACGGUGACGACACCCUGGAUGAAGGACGUGCGGCUGCCUUGCAAUUCGGUGGGGGAUCCAGCCCCUGCUGUGAAGUGGACCAAGGACAGUGAAGACUCUGCCAUCCCCGUGGCCAUGGACGGCCACCGGCUCAUCCACACCAAUGGCACCCUGCUGCUGCGUGCCGUGAAAGCCGAGGACUCGGGCUACUACACCUGCACCGCCACCAACACCGGCGGCUUCGACACCAUCAUCGUCAACCUUCUGGUACAAGUUCCCCCAGACCAGCCCCGCCUCACUGUCUCCAAAACCUCCGCUUCGUCCAUCACCCUGACCUGGAUCCCAGGUGACAAUGGGGGCAGCUCCAUCCGAGGCUUUGUGCUGCAGUACUCGGUGGACAACAGCGAGGAGUGGAAGGACGUGCUCAUCAGCUCCAGUGAGCGCUCCUUCAAGCUGGACAGCCUCAAGUGUGGCACAUGGUACAAGGUGAAGCUGGCGGCCAAGAACAGCGUGGGCUCCGGACGCAUCAGCGAGAUCAUCGAGGCCAAGACCCACGGGCGGGAACCUUCCUUCAGCAAAGAUCAGCACCUCUUCACCCACAUCAACUCCACACAUGCUCGGCUCAACCUGCAGGGCUGGAGCAACGGGGGCUGCCCCAUCACAGCCAUCGUCCUGGAGUACCGGCCCAAAGGGACCUGGGCCUGGCAGGGCCUCCGGGCCAACAGCUCCGGGGAGGUGUUCCUCACCGAACUGCGAGAGGCCACGUGGUACGAGCUGCGCAUGCGGGCUUGCAACAGCGCUGGCUGCGGCAACGAGACUGCUCAGUUCGCCACCCUGGACUACGAUGGCAGCACCAUCCCGCCCAUCAAAUCUGCUCAAGGAGAAGGGGAUGACGUGAAGAAGCUCUUCACCAUCGGCUGCCCCGUCAUCCUGGCCACGCUGGGGGUGGCCCUGCUCUUCAUCGUGCGCAAGAAGAGGAAGGAGAAGCGACUGAAGCGGCUCCGAGGGGACACAGGAGCCUCGCUGUGUACUCCCAGAGUAGGAGAGGAGCUGCUAAGACCCCCUGUCCUGCAAAGCCCCCUCCCCCAGUCCCUUACGGCUGCUGAGCCACCCACCUCCAGUCCUUCUCCCCACAGCAAGAACAACCGCAGCUUUGACACCCCCGUGAAAGGGCCGCCGCAGGGCCCGCGGCUGCACAUUGACAUCCCCAGGGUGCAGCUGCUCAUCGAGGACAAGGAGGGCAUCAAGCAGCUGGGAGACGACAAGGCCACCAUCCCCGUGACGGAUGCUGAGUUCAGCCAAGCUGUCAACCCCCAGAGCUUCUGCACCGGGGUCUCCUUGCAUCACCCAGCCCUCAUCCAGAGUACGGGCCCCCUCAUCGACAUGUCUGACAUCCGGCCAGGAACCAAUCCAGUGUCCAGAAAGAACGUGAAGUCAGCCCACAGCACCCGCAACCGCUACUCAAGCCAGUGGACCCUGACCAAGUGCCAGGCCUCCACGCCGGCCCGCACCCUCACCUCCGACUGGCGCACCGUGGGCUCCCAGCAUGGUGUCACUGUCACCGAGAGUGACAGCUACAGUGCCAGCCUGUCCCAGGACACAGACAAAGGACGCAACAGCAUGGUGUCCACUGAGAGCGCCUCUUCCACCUACGAGGAGCUGGCGCGGGCCUACGAGCAUGCCAAGCUGGAGGAGCAGCUGCAGCACGCCAAGUUCGAGAUCACGGAGUGCUUCAUCUCGGACAGCUCCUCCGACCAGAUGACCACGGGCACCAACGAGAACGCCGACAGCAUGACGUCCAUGAGCACGCCCUCGGAGCCCGGCAUCUGUCGGUUUACCGCCUCCCCACCCAAGCCCCAGGAUGCCGACCGAGGCAAAAACGUGGCUGUGCCCAUCCCACACCGGGCCAACAAGAGUGACUACUGCAACCUGCCGCUGUACGCCAAGUCCGAGGCCUUCUUCCGGAAGGCAGACGGGCGGGAGCCCUGCCCCGUGGUCCCGCCCCGCGAGGCCUCCAUCCGCAACCUGGCUCGGACCUACCACGCCCAGGCUCGCCACCUGACCCUGGACCCUGCCAGCAAGCCCUUGGGCCUCCCGCACGCGGGGGCCCCCGCUGCCGCCUCCACAGCCACCUUACCUCAGAGGACUCUGGCCAUGCCCGCCCCCCCGGCCGGCACGGCGCCCCCCGCCCCCGGCCCCGCCCCGGCCGAGCCCCCCGCCGUCCCCAGUGCGGCCCCGCCAGCCCCCAGCUCUGAGCCUCCACGGCCCGGGGGUCCACACACCAAAAUGGGGGGCUCCAGGGACUCACUCCUCGAGAUGAGCGCUUCGGGGGUAGGGCGCUCGCAGAAGCAGGGGGCGGGGGCCUACUCCAAAUCCUACACCCUGGUGUAGGGGUCCCGCGACGAGAGCCGCCCCAGCCGGACUCUGCGCACCCCCGCAGCCGUCUUGCCGUGUCAUUUAUGCUGAACUGACAGACACCAACCUACCGGCGGCAGAAGGCACCCCCAAGUCGCGGACGCCUGUACAUGGAACUCUUUUGUACAAAUGAAGCUAUUUUCUUCUUCUCCAUGGAGCCAGGGCACAGAAUUUGACCCACCCCAUCACACCCCGCCCCCCGAAUCCGGGCCGAGAGAUAUAGGCAGAUAUAGAGACGGACGGCUAUAUCGCUAUAUAUUUCUCCCACCUCCUUUUGAGACAGAGGCACAAAGACUCGGCAAUCUUCGCCCUCCUACUCACCCCCUCCCGUCCCGGCCGUUUUGGCAAAAACCGGACUCCCAGCUCAGAGACACUGCAUGCGAUUUUACUGUUCCCAGAAAACCAGGAGUUGCUUCGAUUUGCAGAUGCUUAUGUGUUAAUACCUUUUUCUAUGAAAAAAGACCGAGCGCCGUGUGCAAUAAAGGUUAUGUUUCUA